GUCAUCAUUGCAGAAAAGCAAUUAUCUUUCCUUUCGUCGUAUUCAUUAACGCUAAAUUCAAAAUACAAUAUCGUGUGGUGUUUCAAAUAUAGGAAAUAUUAAUAAAUGUUACGUGUCUUAAUCUUAACAGCUGUGGCCGCUACCUUUCGUAGCAAUUUCGCAACUGUAGCUGCAAUGAAUUUUAAAUCUGUUGACUUCGAAGUAUUUGGCCGGGUCCAAGGUGUUUUCUUCCGAAAGUACACCAAAGAGCAGGCCGAAAAGCUGGGUCUUCGAGGCUGGUGCAAGAAUACUUCGACAGGCACAGUGCUCGGACGAAUGCAGGGACCGACUGACAAAGUAGAGGCAAUGAUGCACUGGCUGAAGACCACUGGGAGUCCCAGUAGCAAAAUAGAAAAAUGUGAGUUUAGAAACCAGAUAAAUAUCGACGAUUACACCUUUAAUAAUUUUGAAAUCCAUCGUGAUUAAUUACUUCCAAGUACUAUACAAAGUAAUUUCAAAUUGCAAUAUGAUAAGCUUAUAAUUUCAUGUUUGUAUUAUAUCAUAAUGUGUUGGGAUAUUUUGAAUACUCGGCCGUGUUAGGUACACGUACACACACGACCGUAAUAUCGUAUUUGUAAUUUAUUUGAGUUGAGACUAACUAUAAUACACUCGGGAAUUAAC